GGUUUGAGUCGCCCGGGCACCCGUAGUUGCGAACCGUGGAACCCUGGUCCCGGGGAAAGAGGGAGGUGUUCGGGUUUGGAGGCUCGGGUGGGCCUCGCGGCGGACCGGGUCCCGAGUCGCCCCGCGUGGGGAACACGAGCUCGAGCCGGACCCGGGGGCGACGCGCGGAGCGGCUGGUCCAGUCAUGGCAGACUACUGGAAGUCGCAACCAAAGAAAUUCUGUGAUUACUGCAAGUGUUGGAUAGCGGACAAUAGGCCUAGUGUUGAAUUUCACGAAAGAGGAAAGAAUCAUAAGGAAAAUGUGGCAAAGAGGAUCAGUGAGAUUAAACAGAAAAGCCUGGAUAAGGCAAAGGAAGAAGAAAAGGCAUCAAAGGAGUUUGCCGCAAUGGAGGCAGCUGCCCUGAAAGCAUACCAAGAGGAUUUGAAAAGGCUUGGCUUAGAGUCAGAAAUUUCAGAGCCAAGCAUAUCACUGGUAACAAGCACUGUCCCACCCACCCCUGCAUCAAAUCAGCAGAAGGAAAAGAAGAAAAAGAAAAACCCUUCAAAGGGCAGAUGGGUAGAAGGCAUAACCUCUGAGGGUUACCAUUACUAUUAUGAUCUUAUCACAGGAGCAUCCCAGUGGGAGAGACCGGAAGGAUUUCAAGGAAACUUAAAAAAGACAGCAGGGAAGACUGUUUGGGUAGAAGGAGUAAGUGAAGAUGGUUAUACCUACUAUUAUAAUACAGAAACAGGAGAAUCCAGAUGGGAAAAACCUGAUGAUUUCAUUCCACACUCUGGCGAUCUGCUUUCUAGUAAAGUCAAUGAAAAGCCACUUGGUACCCUAGAAGAGUCUAAAUCAUCAGAUUCUCAUAGUGAUUCUGAUGAGGAAGAGGAAGCAGAAAAAGGAAAGGCCUCUACAGAAACACAAAAGCCAAAAAUAAAGUUUAAGGAAAAAAAAAAAAAUAGUGAUAAAGGAAUUGAACCAGAAACACAGAAAGAAAAAAAUAUCCAAGAGCAAAAUUCAUCAGGUCCAAAUGAAGAAAAAUCCAAAGCUCAUAAAAAGUCAAACCCAUAUGGGGAAUGGCAAGAAAUUAAACAGCAAGUUGAGUCUCAUGAGGAGGUAGAUUUGGAACUUCCAAGCACUGAAAAUGAAUAUCUAUCAACUUCAGAACCUGAUAUUGGUGGGCAACCCAAAGUGAUAUUUAAAGAAAAAACAGUCACUUCUCUUGGAGUCAUGGCAGAUGGAGUGGCCCCAGUCUUUAAAAAGAGAAGAAUUGAAAAUGGAAAAUCUAGAAAUUUGAGGCAACGAGGUGAUGAUCAAUAAUUAUAAAAGAGCUUUUUGUACUUGCUUUUUGGACAGCAUGGAGACUGUACAUCUUGAAGUUCUUCUGUGUUUGUUUAAAUGCUAAAAAUUUAGAUUUAUUCUAAAUGUAUUUUAUGUGAAUCUAAAAUAAAUCUUUUUUUAUGUGAAACUUAUUUUUGCUCCUAAAAUGGAAGCCUACCACAUUUCAUUGUAAUACAGUGUAUUAUGUUCAGUGUCUAAAAAUUGCUAAUUGUGACAUAAUAUAAGAUGCUAUGUAUCUGUUAUUUAAAACAUGGAAAAGCAAGGCCUUUAUUCCAUUCUUACUCAAAAGCACAUUCUUAUCCUGCACUGAAAACGCAUUACUUUUGCACACUGAUAUUAACUUAUCCAAGACAUACGAAUCAGACCAUAUAAGAGAAAAUUCACAGGCCCAUGAUGGUUCAGUUCUGAGGAUCCUGUCAGAAGGCUGAUGGAGAAAGUGUAUGUAUGUUAGCUUACCGUACUCAGUUUAAGGUCAAGGGCCAAAGAACAGGACUGCUACUCAGGUACCUCAAAUGUAGCUGCUUAAUAUGGAAUGAAAAUUGGACCAAAGGUAGAUAUGUGUAUUUUCCCAGUUCAGCAACAAGCAUUGCUUAAAC